GGGGGGGGGGUCAUGCUCAUGCGGCCAUGGCAGCAACCCUGGCGAGCGGGUGUGUUAUCGUCGUUAUCGGGCUGUGGGGGAGGAGGGGUUCGUGCUGCAAGGCACUCCCUUCGACACGCGCCCGCUAAUUCCCGCCGCUGGCCUGCCCGGGCCUUGAUUGUUCGUUGAUGUUCAUUGUUGUUCUGUGCUCAGUAUCUAGUAUGUAGUGUAUUCACUGCCCAUUGUGCGCAUUGCUAUGCCAUACUUAACGUACGCAUGCACCUCCCUACAUUGACCACAGCCUUUGCGACCAGCCCCCCCCCAUUGAUGCUGCCGCUGACUCGGCGCUCCCCGAAAUGCAAUGCACCACGGCCGUCAAUUGCAAUUGCACCCUACCCAAUGCCUCUCUGGACUAGCGGCCCGAUCUGCACUAUUCGACAAUAUCCACUCUUGACAGCUGGUCAGCCGAUAGGCCAAUGCAGCCAGAUGAUCCCGUCGUUCGCUGCCCCGUCUUCUCUUCCAGAUGAUGCGACGCCCUGGGGUCCCUGCAUCCGCCCUAUCUGCAACCCGCCACCUGCGAGCACAACAAGCAAAGCCUGCUGCUGCUGCUGCUGCUGCUUGUCCUGCUUGUGCUUGCUCGCUUCAACUGCAUCCUCCACAUCCACGUCGUCUCUGCCUAAAAUAGCCCAUCCACCCGAUCGCCAGCACAACCACAGCAAUCAAUCGCACAGGUACACAUGUACAAAAGGUACGUAUACAUGUCUACGUACUCGCAACAAGAAACAACUGCCCAGCUUCUAGACCCUUCUGAUCCAACUGCCCUCUCCGCAUCGUGACGUAGCCCAUUCUCUCUAAUCAAUCUGACAUGACAUGCCCGACUACGCAAGCCCCCCUGCUACCCAUGUCGCCUUUUUUCUGGUAGUGAUCAAGU